AUGAGUUCAUUGUAUUAUCCGAAUGCUUUAUUUUCUUUUUUUCUUUUUUUUCCUAAAUAUCCAGCCUCAAGUUUGGUUUUCGCUAUGGGAGUCCCCCAACAAACUUCUUGUGUGUUUGCUUCCAACCCCCAGCGCCCGGGCUAUGGAGCGGGUUCGGGCGCUUUUGCCGCCUCAAUGCAGGGCUUGUACCCCGGCGGCGGCGGGGGUGCAUGACGGGCCAGAGCGUGGCCGCGUCUACCCCGCUGCUACAGGCUCGAGCGGAGUUCCUUCAACAUGCACUGCGCGUCCUUUGAGCAGAAUCUCUCCGGGGUGUGUUUGGGCGACUCCGCCAAGGCGGCGGGCACCAAGGAGCAGAGGGGCUCGGACUUGGAGGCCAAGAGUAACUUCUGGAUCUACACCUAGAUGUGAAGCUCAGGAAUCGACCGCAAACAAGGCCGCCAGACCUACACCCGCUACCAGACCCUGGAGCUGGAGAAAGAAUUUCACUACAAUCCCUACCUGACGCUGCGGCGGCGCAUGGAGAUCGCGCAUGCGCUCUGCCUCACGGAAAGACUGCUCAAGACUUGGUUUCAGAACCCGCCCAUAAAGUGGAAAAAGGAGAACAAGACCGCGGGCCCCGGGACCACCGGCCAGGACAAGGCUGAAGCACAGGAGGAAGAGGAAGAGUGA